AUGACUUUGCAGCCUUUUAUCAAGUCGCUCAGCCAACAAGUACCACCAAUCAGUGUGACGGACUCUCUCUUACAGUCUCAGGCCCUCAAAGCAAUAUUUUCGCAUCACACACCAUUUUACCCUGUUGUGUGCAGUAGAAAUGUUGGAAUAUACCUUACCUGGGAAGUAGCAUCUCGGCAAGUGAGUAGACAACAAGUGCGGAAGUUCAAGAAAACUAGGACAUUUGUCGAGGCUGUUGAGUUCAUGCUCACCAGAGGAAAUAAAACCACACCCACCCAAUCAAUAUCACUACCAUUGUGCGCUCCAGUGUCCCCCACACAUCCUUCAUCUUUGAAGUUACAUAUUUCCUCAAGGACAAUGGCAAGACCAUCUGUCACACAGCCCACCAAUUCCGAGCCUUGCAAGAUUUAUUGUCUCACCAGAUCGCUUGCUGGAGUUGUUGGAGAAGAAUAUGGUCCACCUGAUCCCAGCAUUCGCAGCAGUGAAGAAUACCCUCCCUGUGGCCUUCUUGGCUUGGCUGCAGAGAAGUACCUUGAUGCUCAUGGCUAUAAGGGCAGCACCAUAUUUCACAUCCUACUUGGAUUCACGGAGGUGUACUGUGCAUCAUAUUUUGUCGACUAUGUCUGCCCAAGGGGUGUGUCUCAGGCAGAAGCCAUUUACAUAUAUGAACUCAUCAGCAGCCCUGAUACUUGGUGGGAGGAUUACCAAUCUGUGUACUAA